AUGGAGCAAUCCCUCCGGCUCUGGACGAUAGGCGGCUUCUCGAUAGCCUUUAGCAUCGGCAGCAUCAUUCUCAAUGUUCUUCUUGGAUGCAGCAUUUCCGACGUCGUUGAUCUCAGUGCCCUUCGCACCCUCUUAUUUGUUUCUGUCGGUCUCAAUGUAGUCGCGUUGUGCGGUCUAAUCUACUUCAAUGCCGUUCCCAUCCGCCAACUCAGGGCCGCCUCCCUCGGUCUCUCGCGUACUUCUUGGUGGAUUUUUGUGUACGGCACCGCAGUUGCGGCCAGUGCUUUAAUCUUGACCGGCGUGGUCCUAGUGUGGUCUACUCUGAAGCAGGAGGACCUUCCCAGAAACACCAUUCAUGAGAGGCCCAUCAUCUUGAUUGCCAUCUGGUUCGCCGCAUGGGGUGUGACUCUUGCCCUUCAGAUCGUCUUCUACGUCCUUCUGGGAAUGUGGACGAAGAAGGCUUUGAGGACGCAGUCGCUGGGACGGCUGGAUCUGGACUUCGGUAUCCGGCCCAUGACUAUGGACGAGGCGCGGCCAGGGUCACAGAUGACACACAAGACGUUCUCAUCACAAGACAAUACCUUGCACUCGCCUCCAAGGACACCUACCUCACAUGUUCCGAGCACCAGACGGUCGUCUUCUACCAGGAUCGGGACGGGCUCAUCCAAGAUCAAGCUUGUAAAGGGAUCGGCAAAAUCCUCCCUGGAUCUACCCGCAUGGCCAGCCGGAGAGGCAGUUUCGAUUGACAGCGCAUUCGAUGCGUGGGAUACAUCUUCGGUGCAUCGAGAGAUGCGAGCAGCCGUUCAGUCAUCGCCGACGUACCGGCAUGGCUUAGAGACUAUUCCCGGCAGCAGAUCCGAGUCUCCGGCAAAUGCUCUUGAUGGGCCAUUCCUCCCCAGCUCUCCUCAUGCAGCUUCGUCAGAAACUGCAGAGGCCAUUGGUUGGAAUCCAUCAUCGCCCUUCCGCCAGUAUCCUUCAUCGCCGCCGUCGAGUCCUCCCAACUUCUCUCGUCCUACCUCUCGGCCAACGUCAUCCCAUAAGACCAAAGCGCUGGCCCCGGCGUUCGAAGUAGGCAUGUAUGACGCCAAAAGGAACUCAACCCACGGUCUAAUUCAUCCGUUGUUCCGGCCCAACAGCCCUGAACCGCCCCCAGUUGCCACAGCGGGCACUAUGGUCACAGCAUCACCUAUAGCGGGCGAGCCUAUUACACCAAAGACCUUAUCCAGGCUACGGAGCAGGUCAGAGUCUAACGGUCACUGGAGAGCUAUGCCCAGUGUGGAUCAGGCGGAUAGGCCCAGCACAUCGGGCUCAAUAACGAGCAGUGUGCCAGGCAGUCCCGGACCGUCAAUAAUCGAAGAUGAGGAAGAACCACCUAUGCUUCCCGCCUUUAUCAUGACAGCUGGGCAGCGAUCAAGUCUAGUGGGUUAUGGUAAAAGGAAAAGUCGACCCAAGUCGCAGCUCUCGGCGGGUAGCCGAUUGAGUCAGCUCUUGAUGUAG